AGGCUGAGUCGCGGUUAUAUAGGCCGGCGGCUAAGCACGCGUGUGUGCGGACGCAGUUGCGUGAGGGGUUCCUGCUGUCCUCAGUGCUGUGGAGCAGAGCUUGUUCCUCUCCAGCCCAGCCGCGCAGGUUGAAUUGACCAAAGCAAUGGUGAUGGAGAAGCCUAGUCCCCUGCUGGUCGGGCGGGAAUUUGUGAGACAGUAUUACACACUGCUGAACCAGGCUCCGGACAUGCUGCAUAGAUUUUAUGGAAAGAACUCGUCUUAUGUCCAUGGGGGACUGGAUUCAAAUGGAAAGCCAGCAGAUGCAGUCUAUGGGCAGAAGGAAAUCCAUAGGAAAGUUAUGUCACAAAACUUCACCAACUGCCACACCAAGAUUCGCCAUGUUGAUGCUCAUGCCACUCUGAAUGAUGGUGUGGUGGUCCAGGUGAUGGGACUUCUCUCCAAUAAUAACCAGGCUUUGAGGAGGUUCAUGCAGACGUUUGUUCUUGCUCCUGAGGGCUCUGUUGCAAAUAAGUUCUAUGUUCACAAUGAUAUCUUCAGAUACCAAGAUGAGGUCUUUGGUGGCUUUGUCACUGAGCCUCAGGAGGAAUCUGAGGAAGAAGUAGAGGAACCUGAAGAAAGACAACAAACACCUGAGGUGGUACCUGAUGAUUCUGGAACUUUCUAUGAUCAGACUGUUGUCAGUAAUGACAUGGAAGAACAUUUAGAGGAGCCUGUUGCUGAACCAGAGCCUGAGCCUGAACCAGAACCAGAGCAGGAACCUGUAUCUGAAAUCCAAGAGGAAAAGUCUGAGCCAGUUUUAGAAGAAACUGCUCCUGAGGAUGCUCAGAAGAGCUCUUCUCCUGCACCUGCAGACAUAGCUCAGACAGUGCAGGAAGACUUGAGGACGUUUUCUUGGGCAUCUGUGACCAGUAAGAACCUUCCACCCAGUGGAGCUGUUCCGGUUACUGGGAUACCACCUCAUGUUGUUAAAGUGCCAGCUUCACAGCCCCGUCAAGAGUCUAAGCCUGAAUCUCAGAUUCCACCACAGAGACCUCAGAGGGAUCAAAGAGUGCGAGAACAACGAAUAAAUAUUCCUCCCCAGAGGGGACCUAGACCAAUCCGGGAGUCUGGUGAGCAAGGCGAUGUUGAACCCCGAAGAAUUGUGCGACACCCGGACAGUCACCAGCUCUUUAUUGGCAACCUGCCUCAUGAAGUGGACAAAGCAGAGCUGAAAGAUUUCUUUCAGAAUUAUGGGAAUGUUGUGGAGCUGCGCAUUAACAGCGGUGGGAAAUUACCCAAUUUUGGUUUUGUUGUGUUUGACGAUUCUGAACCUGUUCAGAAGGUCCUUAGCAACAGGCCUAUCAUGUUCAGAGGUGAGGUCCGUCUGAAUGUGGAAGAAAAGAAGACGCGAGCUGCCAGGGAAGGAGACCGUCGAGAUAACCGCCUUCGGGGACCUGGAGGCCCUCGAGGUGGGCUGGGUGGUGGAAUGAGAGGCCCUCCCCGUGGAGGCAUGGUGCAGAAACCAGGAUUUGGAGUGGGCCGGGGGAUCGCUCCACGGCAGUGAAUUACUCUCCACCAGUCUUCACGCAGCAGUACAAACCUUAGCUCCUGCGAAAUGGUGAAUUUCUUCAACCAGCCUUUGGUAUCUUGGAGUAUGACCCUAGUCUGUUAUAAACUGCUUAAGUUUGUACAAUUUUACUUCUUUUUGUGUUAAUGUGUGUGCUCCCUUACCGCCCCCCCCCUUAGUCCUUGACUUCCAAUUUUGUGGAAUGAUAUUUUAGGAGUAAUGGAUUUUUAAAGAAGAAAGAAAAAGACUGAAUUUUCCUUGCUUUGCAUAUACAGACUGGAUUUUUUUUUAACCGCCAUUUCCCCAAAGGAAUGUGUCUUGCUUAUUACUGACAUUUGGUAUGUUUCAUUCAUUGGAAUAUUUCUUACUUAUUUUCUACGUUUCAAAAGCCUGUGAGAAAUACAGGAUUUGAUAAACAUUUUGAAGGCAGGAAAAACCCAAAUUGUUUCAUGACUACCUUCUGGUGUGGAGAAAUUGCCAUUGGAAAAUUUGACAGUUUUAAUUCUCACUGGUAUGGUUAAAAACUGAAUAAAAGAUGUUAAUAGAGUUUUUUCCUUUUGAUACAUGAUCACAAAAGAAUUCUAAAACCUACUGUUUUUACCAUUGAAACUUAAAUUGUCAUAGGUUUUAAAUGUCUAGGAUGCAACUGAUACGCUUUUCUUGAACUGUUAGUUUUUUUGAGGUAGAGUUUUUUCAUGUUUAAUUUGUAUUUGUAAAAAAAAAAUUUCCAAAAAUCCAGAUAACAAAAAAACAGAGCAAAACUGUUGUGCCUUCUUAUUUAUAUUUGAUUCCAGUCUUGGCAGUUGUUUAAAGAAAACUAAUUUUAAAAAAUCUGGAUUUGUUUAAUCAGGUUCAGAGUAUGUGGGGAAUUGUAGAGUCCCUCUUUCAUCACUUUGUAUGUCUUCUGUUACCAUUUGUUAUGCCUUAUUCUAAAAUUGAGUCUCAAACUGGAAUGCCUUUGAAGACAGAUGCUGCUAUAGAGGUCCUUUGACCUAAAUAGUUGAGCAUUUGUAUUAAGUUUUAUUCUGGUAUCUAAUCAGAUUCCUAAUCAUAGCCCAUACAAAGGAAUGUGACCUUAAUAUUGGACUUUGCUGAUGUGCUCAAGUGUCUGCAUUUUUUUUUCUUUAAAUCAUAGCCAUAUGGUAAAUUUUCUAUUUUGUUAAUGGUUUUCUUUUAUUGAUGGGCAUGCAGUGGAUGUUUCUUGGAAAUGGCCAAUUUUUAUUAUUAAAAUAUUUCUGGAAGAAAAUUUAAUCUGGCAA